UAUUCAUUUUUGCAUUGUACAGGUCUUAGUGGGGCCGGGAAAUCCACCAUUGCGUUUGCCUUGGAAAGUGCGCUCGUCUCUAGAGGCAUUUCCGCCUAUGUCUUGGACGGGGACAACAUUCGAACGGGGUUGAACAAAGAUCUCGGAUUCAGUUCUGCCGACAGGGAAGAGAAUAUCAGACGUAUCGGUGAGGUGGCAAAGCUGUUCGCGGAUGCCAAUAAUGUGUGCAUCACCAGUUUCAUUAGCCCAUAUGCCAAGGAUCGGGAUGCAAACAGGCAGCUGCACGAAGAAGCUGGAUUGCCGUUCUUCGAGGUCUUUGUUUCGGCUCCCCUUGAAGUGUGCGAACAGCGUGAUGUUAAAGGUCUCUAUAAACGUGCUCGAGCCGGUGAAAUCAAAGACUUCACCGGUCUUUCCUCAGCCUAUGAGGUCCCAGUGAAGCCCGAUUUGGUUUUACCAACGGACAAAUAUUCCGUCCAGGAAUCUGUUCAUCAUUGCAUCCAAAUGCUGGCUAAAUCAAAUAUCAUUCCAAACAUCCACGAGGUUAAUCCCUUUGGUGGUCCAAUGCCACGGGAGUUGUUUAUUCACGAUCCUGCACGCAGGGAGGUCAUUCUGAAGGAGGCCGAAACACUUCCGCAACUAGCCCUAACGCGUUUGGAUACAGAGUGGCUCCAGACGUUGGCCGAAGGUUGGGCCACUCCGUUGGGCGGUUUUAUGCGAGAGACGGAAUACUUACAGGUGCUCUACUUUGGUCGACUCAUCACGGAAGAUGCCGUUGUACCUAACUUCACGGUACCCAUUGUUUUGGCUAUCACGGCAGAACAGAAAGCACAUGUUGAGGAUUCACAGGCGGUCGCUCUCACCUACGAUGGAAAAAUCUUGGCUGUGCUUCGAUCACCCGAAUUCUUUCCUCAUCGCAAAGAGGAACGGUGUUGUCGCACAUUUGGCACAUGUCAUCCGGGACACCCGAGCAUCAAAGCUAUCUUGGACUCGGGUGAUUGGCUUGUCGGUGGUGAUUUAGAAGUUUUGGAGCGCAUUCGUUGGAAUGAUGGCCUGGACAAAUAUCGAUUAACGCCUUUGGAACUGCACAGAGCCCUUAAGGAUAUGAAUGCCGACUGUGUUUUCGUGUUUCAAUUGCGCAAUCCCGUGCACAAUGGGCACGCUUUGCUCAUGACAGAGACACGUCGACAGCUAUUGGAAGAGCACGGAUUUUGUAAUCCAGUCCUACUGUUGCAUCCACUUGGCGGUUGGACCAAACCGGACGAUGUACCACUGGACGUUCGAAUGGCUCAGCAUGCGGCCUGCCUUGAAGAGGGUGUUCUAGAUCCGAAAACUACGCUGGUAGCCAUAUUCCCGUCGCCAAUGCUCUACGCUGGACCGCGGGAAGUGCAGUGGCAUGCACGUACACGGCUGAUUGCGGGCGCACAAUUCUACAUCGUCGGUCGUGAUCCGGCCGGUCUUCCACAUCCGGAUGGUUCAGGCGUUGAUCUGUACGAUCCGACACACGGAGCUCGAGUUCUUGCGAUGGCUCCGGGGUUGCCUAAUCUGCAAAUUCUCCCAUUCCGUGUGGCAGCUUACGACCAGAAAGCCGGGAAAAUGGCAUUCUUUGAUCCGAAACGUGCGGCCGAUUUUUUAUUCAUCUCCGGCACUAAAAUGCGUGGCUUAGCACGCGCGGGCAACGAACCGCCAGACGGUUUCAUGGCUCCCAAAGCUUGGCAUAUUCUGGCCGAAUACUAUCAACGGCUGGCGAAAGGAGACGCACAAACCAACGGGAAAAAUUGA